CCGGAAUAUACUUGUUUCAUAAACUCAUCAAUAUUAUUUCCAAUCUAAAGUCUUAAUUCUAUCCAUCAAAUUAAAGCAAAGUAGGAAAAAUGAAGAAGGCAAUAAUGUCAUCAGGUGGUUCAUUCAAGCUGCAGCCUCCAACUUAUGGUAAACUAAUAACAAUUCUGAGCAUCGAUGGAGGUGGCAUUAGGGGAAUUAUUGCUGCCACCGUUCUUGAGUACCUUGAGUCUCAACUCCAGGAAUUGGAUGGUAAUGAUGCGAGACUUGCAGAUUACUUCGACAUAAUUGCAGGAACAAGCACAGGCGGUCUUGUCACGGCCAUGCUAACUGCUCCAAACAAAGAAAAACGUCCUUUAUUUGCUGCUAAAGACAUAAAGCCCUUCUAUCUUGAGCAUGGUCCUAAGAUAUUCCCACAGAAAAAGUAA